AUGACAGAAACAACAACAACAUCAUCUCCUCCUAUCGUCAUUGACGGCAAAGGCGUGGCGGCGACCAUCCAGGAAGAACUGCAGCAAGAAGUGGAACGGUUACAGAAGGAACACUCCUUAUUACCCGGUUUGGCCGUCGUACUAGUCGGCCAACGAGUGGACAGUGCCACGUACGUGCGCAUGAAGAAAAAGACGGCCGCCGCCAUUGGCAUUCACAGCGUCGAUGUCGAUCUGCCCGAAACUGUUUCGCAAUUGGACUUGUUAGCACACGUCGAACAACUCAAUAAUGAUCCCAGCGUGCAUGGAAUUUUGGUCCAAUUGCCACUGCCGCCACAUAUUGACGAAGCAGCAGUGUUGAAGGCGAUUGCUGUGGAAAAAGAUGCCGAUGGAUUUUCGGCACUCAAUAUUGGCAAUCUCUGUUUGCGGGGUGGUGAUCCGCCACUGGCGGUGCCCUGUACACCGGCGGGGUGUAUUGAAUUGCUGCAACGCUAUGACGUCCAGAUUAGUGGCAAAGAUUGCGUCGUAUUGGGUCGUUCCAAUAUUGUGGGCAUGCCCGUGGCGGCGCUAUUACAAUCGUGCAAUGGCACCGUGACGGUUUGUCAUUCUCGCACUCGGAAUAUUGCCGAAAAAGUCAAACAGGCGGAUAUUGUCGUGGCGGCGAUUGGCAAGACCGAGUUUGUCCGAGGCGAUUGGUUGAAACCAGGAGCUGUCGUGAUUGAUGUGGGCAUUAAUAGCAAACCGGAUGCAACCAAAAAGCGGGGAUAUCGAUUGGUAGGAGAUGUCCACUAUGACGAAUGUGCCAAAGUGGCGUCGGCGAUUACUCCCGUGCCGGGAGGUGUGGGACCCAUGACCAUUGUCAUGCUCAUGAAGAAUACCAUCAAUCUCGCACGGAAUUCCAUUGGUCUGCCACGCAUGCCUCUGAGAAACUCCAUGCAUCGCAAUUUGAGUCAUCGAGAUUUUGUCAGUACUUUGAAUCCUCCUUCAGCAACAACAACAACCACAACAACAACAACAGACAAGUAAAAGUACAGUAAGCAGCAAUCUACCAAAACAACAACAACACGCGGAAUCUUGGCACAGCAUGGUACUCGAUCAUUUUUGAUUGAUCAUGAUUUGAACGCAACGAAGGUCUCUGUAUUGCCUGUAACAACUAGAAGUCAGGAGAAGCUAAGAACAUAUUACCUAUGAGUUGGCUAAGAUAAAACACACAGGCAAGGUUACAGUCACUCGCUGGCUAGACAGUCGAUGGAUCGAGCCUUGCUUUGUAGUGUCGUGGUCUCGUCAAGUAAACGUUAUUCAAUCGGUUAGUGGUGGUAGAAGCAGAUCUAUCUGCAGUGCUUUGUUUCCUGGAAGGGUAGGUUCACAGGAACCUCAUGGCAGGGACAUUAUGAAUGCAUGACCGUGAACUGCAGACAACCGGAGACUUACCCUUGCUUUUCAAAUUGCACCAACUUGGUCGUCAUGGGCCGAGAACUGACUGCCAUCCCAUGGUCCAUAGAAUUCAAUGAGGGAUGGCUUUCGAAUCUGCGCCGGAGAAGGACGGCUUUGAGUGAGGCUUGAUAAUAGAGGUGCGAUUGAUUGACUAUCACUUGAAUAAUUAAAGAACAACUCACCUGUUGUUGAUGGCCGAGAUCUGACUGCCUUCCCCUGGUUCAUAGAAAUUAAAUGAGGGAUUUAAUCCACCAUGACAGGCUAUGCAUACCCUUGUUUCGAUCCAUGCGGUAUCGUAGGCUGGCAAGCA